AUGGGCUUUGGAUACCAUGAAGAUGUCAAAGUUUACCCAGGUCAGAGCUCCAAGGUAGCAGAGAGCCAGAUCACUGAAAGUGUUCCCAGCAUGGGCACUGUUUAUCUCAAUGUGGCAGACCGAUGUCCAAGAUGGAGACAUUACCCUCGUGACAACGAGUGUCUGGCUGCCCCAUCCUCUGCCUCAGGACUCCCCGUCCCCCAUCAGUCCCACAUCCCAGGAGCCCUCACCACACCUGCAGCACCCCAGAGCUUUCGCAAAACACCUCAGGAGGGAGACGGCUUUCAAGCAGACACUUCAAUUCGAGUGAUCAAUUCUGUCUUUUCAGAGAGCAGCGACUACAGCGAGGCCGAGGUUCUCCCUGACUCCUUCCCAUCAGCACCGGCAGAACCUCUCCCAGACUUCCUGCUGGAACCGGAGGAUGCUUUCAUCGUAAAGAACAGGCCGGUCCAGCUACGGUGCCGGGCAUCACCGGCCACCCAGAUCUACUUUAAAUGUAACGGAGAAUGGGUCAAUCAAAACGAUCAUGUCACCAGAGAGAGCCUGGACCAGAUCACAGGGCUGGUGGUGCGGGAGGUGGACAUCUCGGUGUCAAGGACCCAGGUGGAGGAGCUGUUUGGGUUGGAGGACUACUGGUGCCAGUGUGUGGCCUGGAGCUCGGCGGGCACCACCAAGAGCAACCGUGCCUAUGUUCGCAUUGCAUACCUGAGGAAGAACUUUGAGCAGGAGCCACUGGGGCGGGAGGUGCGCCUUGAGCAGGAGGUGCUGCUGCAGUGUCGCCCCCCGGAGGGCAUGCCCGCUGCUGAGGUGGACUGGCUGAAGAAUGAGGAUGUCAUAGAUCCAUCGCAGGACUCGAACUUCCUGAUCACCAUUGAUCAUGAUCUGAUCAUCAAACAGGCCAGACUCUCAGACACCGCUAACUACACCUGUGUAGCUCGUAAUGUGGUGGCCAAAAGACGCAGCAGCACAGCUACUCUCAUUGUUUAUGUGAGCGGAGGUUGGUCUUCUUGGACCGAAUGGUCAGAGUGCAAUGCUCAGUGCGGACGGGGCUGGCAGCGCCGAACACGCAGCUGCACCAAUCCUGCCCCUCUGAAUGGAGGAGCCUUCUGUGAGGGCCCACCCUUCCAGAGAGUGACCUGCACCACACUGUGCCCAGUGGAUGGAGGCUGGACAGAGUGGGCAAAGUGGUCCGCGUGUGGGACAGAGUGCACACACUGGCGCAGUCGCGAGUGUCAAGCCCCCCCACCCAGGAACGGAGGAAAGCACUGCAGCGGCAGCAUGAUGGAGAGCAAAAACUGCACUGAGGGGCUGUGUGCGCGCAAUACAAAGAUUUCUAUUGAACAUGCAAGCCAUCCGUUGGCCCCAGGUAUGGGUGUAGCGGUCUACGCUGGUCUGGUUGGGGCCCUGCUGCUGUGUGUGAUACUGGUGCUGUGCGUGGGAGUGCUCGCAUAUCGCCGCAGAUGCCGCCAUCUCCACGGAGACAUCACGGAUUCAUCGUCUGCUCUCACAGCCGCCUUCCACCCUGGCAACUACAAGCCUCCCAGACAGGAUAACCCUCACCCUCUGCAUCCCUCAGCUCCUCCCGAUCUGACAGCAACAGCGGGGGCUUUCCGCGGGCCACUCUUCUCCCUGCAGCAGGGGGUCAACGACAGCCCCCACAAAAUCCCCAUGACCACCUCUCCCCUGCUGGACCCCUUGCCCGGUCUCAAAAUCAAGGUGUAUAACGCCUCCACUCUUUCCUCCCUGGAGCUCCCUGCAGACAUGUGCUCACAUGACGGGGAAAUACUCAGCCUGAAGUCGGUAGGUACUGUGGGCAGAGAGCGGGAGUACCACAGCCACACCCUGUCCAGAGAGCCUGGGCUGAGCACCAGCGCCACUCUGGGUAAUCUGGGAGGACGCCUUACCAUCCCCAAUACAGGAGUGAAUCUGCUGGUCCCCCCAGGCACAAUUCCCCAGGGGAAGUUCUAUGAGAUGUACCUCAUUAUCAACAAGUGGGACAAAACAACGCUACCCUCUGAGGGCAGUCAAACUGUACUAAGCCCUGUGGUGAGCUGUGGCCCAUCUGGUAUGCUGCUGAAUCGCCCUGUGGUUCUUACUUUGCCCCACUGUGCCCAGCUAGACACACCUACACCUGACUGGACCCUCACACUCAAGACACAGACUCACCAGGGGGCAUGGGAGGAGGUUCUGACAGUAGGAGAGGAGACUUUGUCGUCUCCGUGCUACCUUCAGCUGGAGGAGGAGUGUUGUCAUGUUCUCAUGGAGCAACUUGGAACGUACGGCCUCGUGGGCCAGUCCUGCCCUCCACAGCCUGCCUGCAAACGCCUGCAGCUGGCUCUAUUCGCCCCUCGAGCGCCCUGCCUCUCCCUGGACUACAGCCUUCGUAUCUACUGCAUCCACGACACCCCACAUGCACUCAAGGAGGUGCUGGAUUUGGAGAGGAGUCUAGGCGGAGUUUUGCUGGAGGAUCCCAAGCCGCUGCUUUUCAAAGACAGCUACCACAACCUGCGCCUGUCCAUCCACGACAUUCCCCAUUCUCACUGGAGAAGCAAACUACUGGCAAAAUAUCAGGAGAUCCCGUUCUAUCACAUUUGGAGCGGCAGUCAGAGACCGUUACACUGCACCUUCAGCCUGGAAAGAGGGAGUCUGGCUGUGUCACAGCUCACCUGUAAGAUCUGUGUCCGACAGGUGGAAGGGGAGGGGCAGAUAUUCCAGCUGCACACAGAUAUUCAGGAGACUCUACCACCACACUCGCCCCUCCCCUCAGGAGGCACAUGCCUGCCUUCCUCUCAAGUGGGACCCUAUGCCUUUCGCUUGCCUGACUCCAUCCGCCAGAAGAUCUGUGCCAGUUUAGAUGCUCCCAGUGCUCGAGGAUGUGACUGGAGACUACUGGCACGCAGUCUGGGCUUUGACAGGUAUUUGAACUACUUUGCAACAAAGCCCAGCCCCACAGGUGUUCUGCUGGACUUAUGGGAAGCUUGUCACCAAGCUGACGCAGACCUGGUCUCUCUGGCGACCGCGCUGGAAGAGAUGGGCAAGAGUGAGGUGCUAGUUGUCAUGACAACAGAUGGGGAUUGUUGAUUGGUCAAGGAACGAGAGAGCAAGCAAGACUUUUUUUUUUCACCACCGUGAUGAAAAGAAUACCUGCCUAUGAAUAUGCACACCCCAGCACAAAUCAUGACCCCCAGAGCUUUUUUGGUUCUUUCAUAUGUACUGCAUUACCUCUUCCUUUUCAUGCCCCCCUGAUCAGCUACUGUAGCUACAUAUGCACCAUAACCCAUUCUCAUACAGGCCAUUCUAUGACAAUUGCUAAUCUGAAUCAGUUUGAAUAUUCCAAAGCAAUGUUGCAUCUGCAAGAUAUGAAACCAAUUUGAGGGUACGAAGGCGUAAAAUGGGCAUAAAGUCAUCUGUCAAAUGUGGUGUUGACUGUCUUCUUCAAAGAUUGAAAAUGACACAAUUCUUGUAUAUAAAUAACAAAGCUUUGGAAUGAAUAAAUAAAUCCAUGUAUUCCAGACACUAAAGCACGAACAGUAACACAAACACACAAGUGCUAACACAGGAUUAUCCAUGUUUCAGUAGCAGCAUGAAAGUGCAUGAUUUAACACCAUUUCACCUCAUGUCAGGGGCUUUUGUUUUCUCCAUUCUCAUUCUGUGUGCAGUGAAAGACGCAUGGACAAACUGUUCAUUAACCGGCUCUGAAUCACAGAGGCUAGGAUUUCUUGUCCAACUGCUUUGACUGUCAACAAAUCAAAUGAGAACCGAACCCUCAAGGUUUGAGGGCUUGAGCAUAUCGCCUUGGCCUCAAAAUAAAAGCUGCCUCUUCUUUAUAGGAGGAGGGUGAAGUUUAUUUAAGAACUAGCGGAUGGCUAGACCAACUGACUCUUUAUAUUGUACCAACAAAUGCCUCAAAGCCUCGGCAUAUCAUUCCGACUCACAGGGGUGUUUCUCUUUCAUCUCUCCUCGCGUUCCUCCAUCGGUCUGCCACACUCCUCUACUCUCUUGAGAAUAAGCUGCAGGAGAGCUGUCUGGUCAUCCCUUAAAAGUUUCCUUUGGGGAACGCCUUUUAAGUUAUUAUCCAUAUUUGUGGAU